CUCUUUCUUUUUGUUCUUAAACCCGGGUGCACACUGCGCUCAGUGAGCCAUUUAAGUUGGUUUCUCAAGGGUUGUACAGAUCGGUGUGAUUUUAUCUUUCAGGCUAACUUUACAACUUUACACAGGUCUAAGAUAUGAGCUUCUCUCCCUCACCCGAUGUACAUAUUCUCCAGUGUACAUAGUGUCUCUGUGACAUCACCAUGCCUCGAUGUCACAACCCCGCCCUGACAUGCCUCACAGUGCAUGGAGUUCCAGGCACACGGAACAGCCGGAUAUCCCUUAAAAGCGCAAGGCGAGGGGCACGCUCUGAGCCAGAAUGGGGGACUGGAAAGGCUAUAUCAGUGCAGUGCUGCAGGACCAGCGUAUUGAUGACGUGGCCAUCAUGGGCCACUCAGACAAUCGCUGCGUGUGGGCAUCGCGCCCUGGAGGCCUUCUAGCUGCCAUAUCACCGCAGGAGGUGGGUGUGCUCAUAGGGCCUGAUCGGCACACCUUCCUGCAGGCUGGCCUGAGUGUGGCAGGCCGCCGCUGCUGUGUCAUCCGAGACCACCUGCUGUCUGAGGGAGAUGGUGUUCUGGACGCUCGCACUAAAGGGCUGGAUGGGCGUGCUGUCUGCGUGGGCCACACCCCGCGCGCCCUCCUGGUGCUCAUGGGCCGACGGGGUGUGCAUGGGGGCAUCCUCAACAAGACAGUGCAUGAGCUGAUCAAUGGGCUACGCAAGCAGGGCACAUAGCAGUACAGCUAGGCCACUGGUGACUGCGUCAAAAUAAACUGCUGGGCCUGGCUGGCUCAUCCUGUG